AGAACAAACUUGGAGAAGGUGGCUUUGGUGCUGUUUAUAAGGGACUACUAGCCAAUGGACGAGAAAUAGCAGUGAAGAGGUUAUCAACUAGUUCAGCACAAGGAUUUGGAGAGCUGAGAAAUGAGCUAGUUCUAGUUGCUAAGCUCCAGCAUCGGAAUCUUGUAAGGCUUCUAGGUGUUUGCUUGGAAGAACAAGAGAAGUUGAUUGUUUAUGAAUAUGUGCCAAACAGAAGCCUGGAUACCAUUCUCUUCGAUCCUAUAAAGCACCAACAGCUAAACUGGGGAAAAAGGUACAAGAUCAUUGGCGGGAUUGCUCGAGGCCUUUUAUACCUGCAUGAAGAGUCCCAGUUGAAAAUUAUACAUCGGGAUUUAAAAGCCAGCAAUGUCUUACUAGAUGCAGAAUUGAACCCAAAGAUUUCAGACUUUGGUUUGGCAAAGCUUUUUGGUGGAGACCAAACUCAGGCCACUACGAGCCGAGUUGUCGGGACAUUUGGAUAUAUGGCACCAGAGUAUGCCAUGCAUGGGCACUAUUCUAUCAAGUCAGAUGUAUACAGUUUUGGUGUUCUAGUUUUAGAGAUCGUGUCAGGCAGAAAGAACAGCGGUGACUAUGAUUCUGAAUAUUCUCAAGACCGACUGAGUUAUAUCUGGGAGCGGUGGCUGGGAGGAACAAUUCUGGAGAUAUUGGACCCAUCUUUAGGCAACCAUUUCCCAACAAGCGGAGUGUUGAGAUGCAUUCACAUUGGAUUAUUGUGUGUCCAGGAAAAGCCAUCUGAUAGACCCAACAUGUCACAAGUUGUUGUGAUGCUCAACAGUAACUCUGUGUCUCUCCAAGCUCCUUCCAGACCAGCAUUUUUCAUUGGAAGGAGCAGCAUGGACUUUGAUGCUUAUCCAAAUGAAUUUAAUUUAUCUGGGGGUGCAAAUGGCCAAUCUUCAAGGAAGUUAAUUGCAAUGUCACCAAAUGAAGUGUCGAUUACAGAACUUGAAAGUAGCUAGCUAUAUGAAGGUACGAAGAAGAAGAAGGUUUUUCAAAAAUAACUGGACUUCAUACCAUGGAUGUGACCGUUGUAUUUUUUUCUCGGACCCUCAAAAAUACUGGAAACCAGUGUGUAUGCCUCAUGUCUACCCAUUCUUAUGAGAGAAUCUAUUGCUGCUUAAUUUCUUUUAC